AGGGGCCGGAAGACGCGGCUCUGGUCCUCGCACAGCUCCGGGGGCCUGGCCCGUCCCCACAGGAGCAUCGGGGCUGAGGGGCGCGCUUGGCAGGGCCGAAGAAGCCUUCAGCGUUUUGGAGGUGGCGCUGUAAAGCCUUGCACCGAGCUGGGCACCCCGGGACCCCGACCGGGCCCCUCGUGAGGUGUGGGGGAUAAGGCCCGGCCAGCCUGUGUGCGAGGUGGGCUGUGUGCCCCUUCCGAGAGGGUGAUUCGGUGCAUGUGAAAAUCCAGAAUGAGUUAUGCCGAAAAACCUGAUGAAAUCACAAAAGAUGAAUGGAUGGAAAAACUCAAUAACUUGCACAUCCAAAGAGCUGAUAUGAAUCGCCUGAUAAUGAACUAUCUUGUUACAGAGGGUUUUAAAGAGGCAGCAGAGAAGUUUCGAAUGGAGUCUGGAAUUGAGCCCAGUGUUGAUCUAGAGACUCUAGAUGAAAGGAUAAAAAUUCGAGAAAUGAUACUGAAAGGACAGAUUCAAGAAGCAAUUGCAUUGAUUAAUAGUCUCCAUCCAGAAUUGUUAGAUACAAACCGAUACCUUUACUUUCAUUUGCAGCAGCAGCAUCUGAUUGAACUGAUUCGGCAGCGUGAGACAGAGGCAGCCCUGGAAUUUGCUCAGACUCAAUUGGCAGAACAAGGAGAGGAGAGCAGAGAAUGCUUGACAGAAAUGGAGCGCACGCUGGCAUUGCUUGCCUUUGAUAAUCCUGAAGAAUCACCAUUUGGAGACUUGCUCAACAUGAUGCAGAGACAGAAGGUAUGGAGCGAAGUUAACCAAGCUGUUCUAGACUAUGAAAAUCGCGAGUCAACACCCAAGUUGGCUAAAUUACUGAAGCUACUUCUGUGGGCUCAGAAUGAACUGGACCAGAAGAAAGUAAAAUAUCCAAAAAUGACAGACCUCAGCAAGGGGACAAUUGAGGAACCCAAGUAAAUUGUGUGCAGAUAUGGACAUCAAGCAAUCUUAGUACUGCACAGUAUACAUUUAUAUCAGUCUGUGACUGAAAUAUUUUUACUACAGUACAGAACUCAACAAUUCAGAUUUUUUUCAAUGAAUAUCUUAUUUAAAGGGAGAAAAGUCCCUUUUAAAUGCUGAGAACUGCAUUGAAAGGCGCUGUAUCUCUUUGAAAGUCUGACUUAGGCUAUGCACUAUCAUACAUUUUUAAAAAAUCCAAUUAGACAGGAAAGAAAAAAAUGGCAUUUUAAAGUACAGUGCUCAAGGUUUCUAAUUGGCUACUGAUGCUUAGUUUAGUGGCCAGUGAGUUAAAUGAGGUUAACUAUUCAGUUAAGUUUAACUCUCUCUCAUUUGAAAUGUGUAUAUAGAUCAAUGAAUAUUUUCUACCUUAUGUUAAGUUAUAGCAAGAUAUGCAUUUCCCCUUAAAACUAACAACUGGUCAAGUUUUCGUCUAAAACUUUCUUACUGUACGGCCAACCUUUUGCAUAGGAAAUAGUGUAUAAACUUGUAAAUCAUAAUUUAAGGACUUUUUUUCCUUGUUUCUGACUCUGGUGCUUUAUUUAUAUGGUGAGAGCUAUGUUCACAGUGGAUCAAUGACCCAUCUUUUCACAAGUAGUAUUGCUGGAAAUAAAAGUUUCUUUUUAAUUUCAAGAAUGACCAAAAUGGCCUCCUGAAAUAAGACAUUAAAUCAUAUAUUUAAAUAGGGUUUUGUUUUUGAUUAUUCAGGGAUUUUUUUUUCCUGAUGUUAAACGUCCAUUUCUAGUCACUGCAGUGAUGCUAACUGGUUACUACACCCUUAAUGGCAACUCGUGUGUGGCUUGGUUAGCUGAAGUCUCCUUGGUGAUACAGGGGAAGGCGGGAAUCAUAGACUUUUUUGCCAGUGUCUACCGUGACGCAGGAUCUGCCUUUGUGGAAUAGCUUGCAGGAUUUGGGGGUGGGUGGGUGGCAUAGUUUAUAGUGUGCUAGUGGUAACCAUUCUUUUGGCAUAUUAUGCCUUGGAUGAGUGGAGCAGUGACAUUACAAAACCCUUUUCCAUAAUCUCAGUGACUUAUCUUUCUGAAGAGAUGCAGUUCGUUUUCACAGCUAUACUAUUGUUUGUUCAACUCCUGUUAGAAACAUUAUAAUGCUUACACAAGGUCCUGAUUUUCUUGGUCACUGAAUUGUAAUCUUCUGGAUGCAGGAGGUUUUGCUGGAUGCGUGACAUAAUCUUACGUUACUUCAUACUGGUAUAUCUGGUAGUAUUAUGUACUGACCUUGCCAAACUGAGAUCUAGAUCUUUAAAACCCAUUUGCUGAGUUAUUGCAAAACUGCUGAACAAAGACCAGUUUGGUGGAGAAAAUAGCAUAGUAUCACAGUGCACUGGCAGUUUACACUCUACCCAUCAGAUACUGUGGCUAUCCUAGUCUGGUAACUAUUACCCUGUAGAUUGAAACUACUUAGUUUUCACUUAAUUUUCUGGAAUAUUUAUGCAUUAAACGUAAAAGCUUUGCAGAGACAUGACUUAGAGAAUAACAAAACCUGUUACUGAUUGUGUUACUGUGGACAGUUUACUUGUGUGUAGCUAUUUUCUGGGGGAGACAGUUAUCUCUAUAGCUGCUUAGGAGACACCUCGGUGCCAAGGUUAGUCUAGGUGAUAGAUAUAAAACAAGAGACUGAACUGUCCCAUUUUACUACUGAUGGUUUUAUUUGAUAUCCUGAGGCUUUCACCGUAUGCAACUCUUGUAAUUCAUACAAAACUGUAAUGAACUUUCAUUGGCCACCACCUGCAAUAAUGAGCUGGCUUUAUUUCACCCUCAUUGGUUAUUCUAACAAUUUACUUGAACUGAGAAGAUAAAUAUUGUUUUCAGUCAGUUGCAGUUUUUUAAAGUAUAUUAUUUUAAUUUGCAAUCGAUAUGGUUAGUAUAAUAUUGUUUAAUAACAAACUGCAGAAAUUAAACUGUUUGCUCUGAUUCCUUUAUGAACAACUGAUCAACUUUUCCUCCAGUCUGACACUUUUUGUGCUGACCCUCAUCUGAAGCUUUUCUUGGAGGAAGUGGAAAGUGGUGAAUUUUUGUAGCAUGACUAGCAUUUUUCUCUAUGAGAAAUGCGAUAUUACAGACCUGGUUGAAUAGUUCACCAUAUUUUUAGAAUGCAGCAUUAAUUCCAUAUAGUCUUUGGGUGAAGUGCAUAGAUUGCUUAUUUUUUUUUUUCCAUUAAAAAUAAGAUGUUUUCUAAGAGGUUGAAAUAUAACAUUUUAGUAAAGGGUUAUCUGAGUUUGUUUUUAUUAAUAUACCACAUUGAUAAGCAGCUUUAAUCUGUAAAGUCUUUAAUUGCAAGAAAAUAUUCAAAAGCUAUGCAUUUUACAGAAAGCAUAAAGAUAGUAAUAAUGGUACUUUUAGGGAUCUUUAUAUUCGUGUAUAUAAUUUGCAUAUACAAAUAUAAUAUAUAUAUACCCUGAAAUAUUCUUGAAUGGUAGGGGCUGUGAAACAUAACUUACGGAAAUACUGUGCACAGUAAACGCAGACCUGAGUACAUGAAUGAAUUUUUGUCAUGCAUGAGAAAUGUCUUAUUUGGUGACCACUAAUUAAUGGAUUUUGUUAUAUCCAUCAUUGUUAGAUAACCACUUUAACAAGUAACAUUAAAUACCACUUUGAUCAGUUUGCUGCUAGUGUAAAUAUAUUUUGUUCCACUUCACAUAACAAAAUGGUACAAAGAUAGAUUUCUUUGUGUAUGAAUGAUAUGGCAGCAUCUAACUAUGAUCUCUUCUAAAUUCACUGAUGGCAAACAACUACAGUAAAUGUGUGGUACACUAUUCAUAUCCCUAGCACAUUCUUUCCUUUGUUGAAAGAAGAUUUGCUUUAUUAGUAAUGUGAACACAGGAUGUAAAAUAUUUUGCUUUGUGAAUAUAUCUUAACUGUAUUCUGAUAUUAGAAUAUAAACUUCCCAUAUUUUCAUGAUGAUUACCUACUUAGUUGUUUCUGUCUCUUGGCUGUUCCCAUUAUUCCAUUUUGCCAGUCAAAUAUGAAAGGUAAACUUUUGCUUUCUGCUGUUAUACAAUAGUUUUCUAUGAUGGGGAGCAAAUAGUGGAUUUACGUAUAGGUGAAGUACUGAAAAAACUCUUCUCCCCCAGAGAAUACUGUUUACAGAAUAUUUUGAUCUUGCAUAUUACUGGCUGGGAACUGGCUAUUACAUAGAAACUAGUAAACAGAUUAUAAUUUUUAUUUGGAAUUUUUGAAGAGACGUGUGUGUGUGUGUGUGUGUGUGUGUGUGUAUAUAAAAUAUAUUUAAGUACAAGGAAGAUACCUGGAAAGCAGACUGAGGUGAAGUUUUUAAAAGUUAUGUAGAAUGUGAGUGUACUCAACUUUUUUUAAACAGGAUACCACUGUAGCUGUAAAACCAUAUAAGGAAACGAUGCAGCAAGCAGGCAGAACUUUUUUCCACCACAUGUAAGAUAGGCACAAAUGUAAAACAUGUUAAUUACACUAUCCCAGGGUGUUUUUUGUUUUGUUUGUUGCUUAAGUUGUAAAUAUCCCUCUGGUUUGCACAUUUAAGAGUGAAAGUUAAGAAACGAACAGGAUUGCUUGAGUACUAGAGCUUCUUUACAAUACCUUAAUACCCAGCUUCUUUUGUAUGAAAGAUUUUAAAUUCAGUAGGAGUGUGAUCCAGGAUAUGUGUAUCUAGACGAUCGUUACCUCAUGCUUUUAAGAAACAGAAUGCUAUUUCCAGAUCAUGGUUGGGAGAAAAAGAAAAAAUGCAUAAUACUGCAAUUCAUAAAAGCUUUAAAAUGUUACAAUUAAAUUGUUCUAUAUGCUCUUCUGAUAUGGACUAUAUUGGAUUGUAAAUGUAAUCUUAAAGUGUAAACCUUGUCCUCAAGUAUUAAUAUAAUAAGCUUUCACUUGGUGUA